UCUGUUAAAUGUCAUUAUAACAGAACCAUAAUUCAGUAUAUUUACACUAUCGCACACUAUUGUCAAGUCAUUAAUUGCAAUUUGCUAUUUAAUUUUUGUGAAGUUCGAUUACUUCAAUUGACUUAUUAAAAUUAACUUUAAAAUUUCAAGUAAGUAAAAGUUACAUAUUUAUUCCAUUAUGGCUAGACGUGGACGUUCACCAUCUCCUGCACCAAGAAGAUCCUCAGUUCCUGCAAAAACAGCCCCAAGAAGUGUUGCACCACAACAACAGCCUACUCAAGUUGGUGCACCAGCUCCUCAACAACCGGGUUUAUUCGCCCAAAUGGCAGCUACAGCUGGUGGUGUAGCUGUUGGAUCUGCUAUUGGCCACACUGUUGGACAUGCAGUUACUGGUUUGUUCAGUGGUGGAAGUUCCCAUGAUGAAGUACCGCAACAAGUGCAACCAAUCCAAAGUAUGCCAGUUGACCAAAGUAAUCAACAAGGAGGAGCUUGUGCUUUUGAAAUUAAACAGUUUUUACAGUGCGCUCAAAACACUGAUGACAUCUCUCUUUGUUCUGGAUUUAAUGAAGCUAUUCGUCAAUGCAAGGAAGCUAACGGCUUGUUGUAGAUUACUCUCAUGAAAAUAUAUUUUAGUAGUGGCAAUAAAAAACAGCUAUAAAAUGUUGAUUAUUCACAACUUAUUCAUUGAUAAAAUUUACCAUCAUUCUUUUUUAUAGUUAAUAAAAAUAAAUGUUAGAAAAAAA